GAGCCGAAGCGAAACCUGCAGGUCCCCGCCCGGCCAUCAGCUGAUGGGCCGCUCGCCGCGAAGACCGCCGCCGCCGCCGCCGCCGCCGCCGCCGCUGUGCGAACAUGGCGGCCGAGAUCCACUCCAGGCCGCAGAGCAGCCGCCCGGUGCUGCUGAGCAAGAUCGAGGGGCACCAGGACGCCGUCACGGCCGCGCUGCUCAUUCCCAAGGAGGACGGCGUGAUCACAGCCAGCGAGGACAGAACUAUCCGAGUAUGGCUGAAAAGAGACAGCGGUCAGUACUGGCCCAGCAUUUACCACACAAUGGCCUCUCCUUGCUCUGCUAUGGCUUACCAUCAUGAUAGCAGACGGAUAUUUGUGGGCCAGGAUAACGGAGCCGUGAUGGAAUUUCACGUUUCUGAAGAUUUUAAUAAAAUGAACUUUAUCAAGACCUACCCAGCUCAUCAGAACCGGGUGACCGCGAUUAUCUUCAGCCUGGCCACAGAGUGGGUGAUCAGCACCGGCCACGACAAGUGUGUCAGCUGGAUGUGCACCCGCAGUGGGAGCAUGCUCGGGAGGCACUUCUCCACUUCCUGGGCUUCGUGUCUGCAAUAUGACUUUGAUACUCAGUAUGCUUUUGUCGGCGACUGUUCUGGACAGAUCACCCUGCUGAAGCUUGAACAGAGCUCCUGCUCAGUUAUUACCACCCUUAAAGGACAUGAAGGUAGUGUCGCCUGCCUCUGGUGGGACCCUAUUCAACGGUUACUCUUCUCAGGAGCCUCCGACAACAGCAUCAUCAUGUGGGACAUCGGAGGAAGGAAAGGCCGCGCGCUCUUGCUCCAGGGCCACCAUGACCGGGUGCAGUCGCUGUGUUACCUUCAGCUCACGAGGCAGCUGGUCUCCUGUUCCUCAGACGGCGGAAUUGCAGUGUGGAACAUGGACGUUAGCAGAGAGGAGGCUCCUCAGUGGUUAGAAAGCGAUUCUUGUCAGAAAUGUGAGCAGCCCUUUUUCUGGAAUAUAAAGCAGAUGUGGGACACGAAGACACUGGGGUUGAGACAGCAUCACUGCAGGAAGUGUGGGCAGGCUGUCUGUGGGAAGUGCAGCAGCAAGCGCUCCAGCUACCCUGUCAUGGGCUUUGAGUUCCAGGUCCGCGUCUGCGAUUCCUGCUAUGACUCCAUCAAGGACGAGGAUCGGACUUCUCUAGCAACCUUUCACGAAGGAAAACAUAACAUCUCCCACAUGUCCAUGGAUGUUGCUAGGGGCCUGAUGGUGACCUGCGGGACCGAUCGUGUGGUGAAGAUUUGGGACAUGACGCCCGUGGUGGGCUGCAGCCUGGCGACUGGGUUUUCUCCACAUUGAUCCGGGAGCCGGGCGGGGUCUGCGCCUUCCCAGCAGGAGCCUUCACCAAACACGAUGCUUCCCUGUAGCUCCACGGUCACUGUCGCGUGGACGGACAGCAGCCACUAAAAAACAAGUCAACGUUUUUAAAAAGAAAAAAAUGUAGAGGUGUGUUUUGGGGCAUUUGUGGAACUACCCGUGGGAUGUAGCGGGUCCCCGAGGAGUGGAGUUAUUUACUCCAGCGAGACGUCCUCGGGAGUGGUGAGCUGACGUGUGCCGAGGCAGUCAUUUAGCACGCGAGAGUUUCGGGGGAAAAAUACCGACCGGAAGAGUUAAAGCCUAGAACUUUCUUCAAGCAGUUCCAACUACAAACACACUUCCCCCCAGGCUUGCUGGGCCCGCAGGGGCUCCCAUGCUUCUCUGCAGGCAGAGCAGGGGUCAGGGGAGGAGGACUUGUUCUCUCCCUUGGGGGGUGCAGUGGGACUUAGGAGCCCAGAGACCCUCCUCAUCUGCUGGCAGUCUGUGAAUAUUCUCCACCCCUGGUCACUGAGAAAACUCUUAACAGUAUCUGUCCUCUCCAGGCGGUGCCACGUCUGCUCUUAGUGUGUGGCCCGCUUCAGUUGUUUCUCGUCCCAGCCAGCAUGCCGUGGGCGAACUCUCAGAUUGUCACUCAGUGAGCUGUACAGUUUCUGUACUAACCAAGGCAGCCCACACUCUUCCCUUUCCCCCAAAUGUGCUCUGAGGACAAGACGUUUCUAUGGUGCUGCUAACGCGGGACUCGCACAAGCCGCCUGACGCUUUCUGACUGCGGUCAGUGAUGACUAAUGGAAAACCCGGCUACCAGUAUGCCUAGGAUGGGGACGGUCAGUCGGUUCCAUGGGACAGCCCCGUCCUCCUAAAAGACACAGUCUGUUUGCAGGUCCAAGAUGAGCCCCUGUGAUCCUGUGGCAAUUUAAUAGACACCUCAGAAAAGAACUCCAAAGCUUUUUAAACCAGGUUGACUUUUAGUUAUAACUUAUUUCAUAGAAGGAAAUCGGUAAUCCAGAGCAGUAACUGUUAGCCAGGUCCUGCACAGUAAUUCCUCACUUGUAAAUUACUUUCAUAACAAUUAGCAAAAUCUGUUGUAUCAAACGGCAUUUUAAAAUUUUUCGGCAACUUAGUACCAGGAUGGGGAAGAGGUAGGGAAUGGGGAGCCUGUCUUUUAAUAUUCAAAUAUCUAUUUGUUUUUAACAGCAAAACAUGUAUCUGUUAUUUUAGGGCUAUGGAAGUGAGUGGCGAGAAGUCGACUUUUUGUAAGGACAGAUUUUAAAAUAGAUAGCAAAAGUAUUUUUGUUAGUCUUACUAAUGGAUAUUGAAAAAAACUACUGCAUCGCUUUUGGGGGAUCAUAUCAAGACAACAUUGUUCUGUAUGAUAUAACUAAGGGACUAAAUAUUUUAAAAUAACAGCUGUUAAUUAAAAUGUUUUUUUAACAUC